AUGGCAAUUGAAUUCAAUGCUUUGGUACGAAAUGGCACAUGGGAAUUGAUUCCUCGUAAACCAUCGAUGAAUGUUGUAGGUUGCAAAUGGGUAUACAGAAUCAAGACACACUUUAAUGGUUCCAUCGAUCGGUAUAAGGCUCGUCUUGUCGCAAAGGGGUAUAAUCAGGAACAUGGAUUUGAUUAUGAUGAGACGUUCAGUCCGGUAGUGAAGCCCACAACUCCCCAAGGGUUCAUUGAUCAACGGCAUCCUGAUCAUGUUUGCUAUCUUUGCAAGGAUGGUGCCUCACUAAUUGUGAUAUUUGUUUAUGUAGAUGAUAUCAUAAUCACAGGUAGUGAACCCGGUGGAGUGUCUUCCCUGAUUACAAAAUUAGGAAAGGAAUUUGCCUUGACCGAUUUGGGGGACCUCAAUUAUUUUCUUGGCCGAGAAGUGCAUCGUUCAUCUACUGGUCUUGCUCUCACUCAGACCAAAUGUAUGAAUGACCUCCUCCACCAUAUUGCCAUGAUCGAUUGUAAACCCUGCGCCACUCCCAUGGCCACUUCAGGCUCCAAACUAGCCAAGGACGUUGGCCCAUUGUUUCCAGAUGCGACUCUAUAUCGCAGUACAGUUGGGGCUCUCCAGUACUUGAUGUUGACUCGGCCUGAUCUUUCUUUUUGUGUGAACAAGGUCUGUCAGUUGAUGCACAAUCCGACUUUGGAUCAUUGGAUGACAGUCAAACGCAUAUUGUGCUAUAUAAAGGGCACCACUUCACAUGGCAUCGUUAUCCGCCCCAUUUCAAAGUUUGAACUCACUGCUUUCACUGAUGCAGACUGGGCUAGAUGCCCUGAUGAUAGAAAAUCCACCAGUGGGUAUUGUGUCUAUUUGGGCCCAAAUCUGAUCUCCUGGAGCUCUAAGAAGCAACCAACGGUUGCACGGCCUAGCAACGAAUCCGAGUAUAAGGGCCUAGCCAACACGGCUUCGAAAAUCAUAUGGCUCCAGUUUCUGCUUCGUGAUCUAGGAUGCAAGCUUUAA